GGAGGAUCGUUGUUUCUCCCGACCCGGAGGGCUGAGUUAUUAAAGGACCAGAUCGCCUCUCUUCGUGGAUGUUUGAGUCGUUCUCUCAGGGUUAAGGUUCUUCUCUUAGGGUUCCAUUCUCUUGGGUUUCCGUUCUCUCCGUUCCCUUCGCUGCUGAUCGGUUCGUCUCUUUCCCAACACUUCGCGGAGAUCUUUCUUCUUCUUUCUUCCGAACUUCCUUCAGCCAUGCACCGGGGAGCUGUGGUGUUGCUGCUCUGUGUCGUGGCCUUAUUGUUCUUAACGACUGAAGGUUAUAAGUGCCGAUGCACCAGAAAAGGUCCUAAGAUUCGUUACAAGGACGUCCAGAAACUGGAAAUCAAACCCAAACACCCCUUCUGCCACGAGAAGAUGAUAUUCGUCACCAUGGAGAACGUGUCUCGGUUCAAAGGUCAGGAGUACUGCCUGCACCCCAAACUCCAGAGCACCAAGAACCUGGUGAAGUGGUUCCGCAUCUGGAAAGACAAACACAGGGUCUAUGAAGCUUAGAGCAUCUCAGCUCUACGAUCACAAUACUUGGAUGAAGAAACUGUAGGCUUGUGUACUGUGAAGUAUACAACACAUAAUUCUACCCUAAACUCUACCCUUAACUAUCAAGACCCUAUCCCAAGACACUAACUCUACAUCGGGACCCUAACCCAAGACCCUAACGCUACAUGUAAAACUUAACCCCGGACCCUGAACUGACCCCUAGCUGCUGGUUGACGAUCAGAGCUGCCAGCAGUUAUACUAUCACAUCCCAUCCCUGUGAUCAAUGUGACCCUAACCUUAACCACAAGGGGCAGUAUAGAGUUUAUACUAUCACAGCCCUUUCCUGUGAUGAAUGUAACCCUAACCU